AUGUUGGAAGCUGAUGUUCCAUCUGAUCUAAGACUACAGCUUAGCUUGUGGCUAGAAUAUGACAAGAAUGAAGAAACAAGAGCAGAGAUAGUUAAACUUAUUGCUGAUAAAGCAUGGGACGAAUUACGCCGAAGGGUACAUAAACGAAUCGGUUUCGGUACUGCUGGACUAAGGGCGAAGAUGGCUGCUGGAUUUUGCUAUAUGAAUACUUUAACAGUUCUCCAAGCCUCUCAAGGGUUAGCUUCCUAUAUUAAGACCCAAUUUCCCGAUAACCUGAAAGUAGUUGUGGGACAUGAUCACAGGUUUCACUCAAGGGAGUUUGCAGAAAUAACGAUAGCAGCAUUCCUACAGCUACAAUUUGAAGUAUAUUACCUAAAUUUUGUACCUAAUGGUGCUGAUACUGAUUCCUUCGUUCAUACUCCACUUGUUCCUUUUACUAUUGAAAACAUUGAGGGAGGAGCUGCGUGUGGUAUUAUGAUAACUGCUAGUCAUAACCCAAAAAUGGAUAAUGGCUACAAGGUUUACUAUGCUAAUGGAUGCCAGAUAAUUCCGCCACAUGACCUAAACAUUUCAAAUGCAAUUGAGGCAAACUUGAAGCCAUGGGAUAGGGCAUGGGAAACUAAACAAUUACUUGAGGAAGCGUGGAAGAACGGCAGGUUACAUGACGUUCAGGCUGAAAUGGUUGAGAAAUACAGUAACAAAAUAAAGGAUAACUUAAUAAGGAUUUCGCAUAUCCCUUCCGCGAGCACUCCUUUUUUUGUUUAUACUCCAAUGCAUGGCGUGGGCAACAAGAUCUUUAAACAGCUUACCGGAGAACUAUUACAACUUGAAGAAAAUAAGGACUAUGUUGUAGUGGCCGAACAAAGAGAUCCCGAUCCAAAUUUUCCUACUGUAAGUUUCCCUAAUCCUGAAGAGAAGGGAGCUUUGGAUAUGGGUAUACGGCUGGCAGAUACUAUUGGCGUUAGCCUAGUGAUUGCAAAUGAUCCUGACGCAGACAGGUUUUCGGUUGCAGUUAGAAAAGGUAACGAUUGGACUCAAUUAACAGGCAAUCAGAUUGGAUUUCUGUUUGCUUAUGCCGAGAUGGUGCAGUAUUCGAAAUCACAUAAAGAUAGGCCGCUUGCAAUGCUAUCUUCUACCGUGUCGUCUCAAAUGCUUGCUAAAAUGGCUGAGGUCGAUGGAUUCACAUUCAAGGAAACAUUAACUGGGUUCAAAUGGCUUGGGAAUUGCGCAAAGGAACUAAAACAGCAGGGCUACUACGUUCCGUUUGCGUUUGAAGAAGCUAUCGGAUACAUGUUCGGUAGUGUUGCCUUCGAUAAAGAUGGAAUUACAGCAGCAAUUGUGUUUCUACAAAUGUACUUGGAUUGGAAGCUUAAGGGUCUUUCCCCUCUUGACGUCUUAGAUGAAGGCUACGAGAAGUAUGGAAAUUUUGCAGAGUACAAUGGCUACUACAUAAUGCCAGAUUCAACUGCUGGCAAGAAAGUAUUUGACUACAUUAGAAACGAUAUGAUUCCAGAUGGAUACAGCUACCCUCAGAAACUUGGAGAUGGAUUUAAAGUUACAAAUUUUAGGGAUUUAACUGUUGGCUACCAAUCGAAUACCCCCGGAAACGUCCCUGACUUGCCCGUUGAUUCCAGCUCCCAGAUGAUCUCAUGCUCGAUAUCCCCAUCUAGCCAAGAUCACACAUCAGACACUGUCAGGUUCACAAUACGUUCAUCGGGUACAGAGCCGAAAUUAAAAGUUUACAUUGAAAGCUGUUCUUCUAACCAUGAAAAUGCCACGCGCUUAGCCAAGCAAACCUGGGAAGCACUAAAAAGAGAAUGGAUUAGGCCUGAAGUAACAGGUCUAACCACCAAUUUAUAA